CGGGAGCUUGUGAUUUGGCGCUGAGCGAGACAGACAAGGCCCAAAGCAGGGUGCUUUUGUUACAGCUGAAGGAAGAGCGAGCCAGUAAAAUGAAAAUACAUAAGGGGGCGAGAUCAUUCCCACCAAGAUUCCGCAAAAUACUAGGCCUUAGGUUCUACAGCAAAUAGACAAGACAUGGGGACCGAGCAGUGACCGUAAAUUGCACCUAUUAAUGAAUUGCGUUAGAAACGGAGAGGCCUGCACUCUAAUAUUUUCCCAAGAUUUUUCAUUUUAUCACUUUUUGUAAAUUGCACAAGGAAGCGCAGAUAUCUGGUGUAUGUGUUUAGAAUGGGACACGCUGAAGGUCCAGCCAGAGAAAAGGACAGUUAAGGAUGCAGGAGCACAACAAUGGAUUUCUCCUUUUCUUUCAUGCAAGGGAUCAUGGGAAAUACAAUUCAGCAACCCCCUCAGCUCAUUGACUCAGCCAACAUCCGUCAGGAGGGCGCCUACGACACCGGUAGCGAUGAGGGCGGAGGCCCCUCCUACGACACUGCCCUGGAAGCAGAGUUCUCCUACCCGCCCUCGGCCUCCGAGGACAUGCCCCCAGUCUCCAACGGUUACCCUCCUGGGCUGGGGCUGUACGAGCCCCAGGCCAAGUUCUCCAUGUACCCCCAGUUUCCCAACGGCUCGGCCAAUGGCUACGGGGCCAUCCGGGGCUACGGAGAGCACUGCCUCAUUCCUCCCCCCUCCCUGUUGGACAGCACCUCCUCCUCACACCCACCUCACACCCCCCCUGCUUCCUCCAGCGGGAUCCUGAAGAAGACCAGCUCUCCAGAGAUCAAACUAAAGAUCAUAAAGACGUACCAGAACGGGAGAGAGCUGUUUGAGUCUGCGCUGUGUGGAGACCUGCUGCAGGAGUCCCAGGCCAGCGAGGACUCCCAGACCCACAGCAGACAUGAGAGGAAGAAGGAGAAGAGGAAAAAUACAGCCAGGCUGCAGGAGCAAGAAGAAGGGCAGGAGCAAGACCAGGAGCAGCCACAGAGGGAAACUAUAGGGCAGGCCAGGGACAUCCAGACCCAGCCACAGCUCCAGACCUACACCCAGGCCCAGGCCCAGACCCAGCCACGGGAGCUGCCUGUGGGGCAGACUGAGAAGCCACAGAAGACUCCCAUCAAAGCGGAGCCCAAGGCACCUAAGGUCCAGAAGCAGUACCCUACAGUGAUAACAGGUACAGGUUGCUGUAAGAACCACGAGGUGGGGGACCUGGUGUGGGCCAAAGUGGGUACCUACCCCUGGUGGCCCUGCAUGGUCUCCUGUGACCCCCAGAUGAACGUCCACACACGCAUCAACACCCGAGGUCACAGAGAGUACCAUGUGCAGUUCUUUGGCAGCGUGGCAGAGCGGGCCUGGGUCCAUGAGAAGAGAGUGGUCAUGUACCAGGGAGAACACCAGUUUGAUGAGCUGCAGGCUGAGACUCUACGCAAGACCACCAAGACAGCAGAGAGACACAAGCUGAUGAAGCCCUUCCCUCAGAGAGAGCGUGCUCAGUGGGAGGUGGGCGUCGGCCAUGCAGAGGACGCCUUCCUGAUGACGCAGCAGGAACGCAUCGACAACUAUACCUUCAUCUACGUCGACCCCGACCCCAACGCCCCCCCGCCCACCAAGAAGACCCCUGCCAGGGCCGCCAACCGCACCCAAAGCUCCUCCAGCUCAACCAGUAAGAAAGAAGAAGGAGCAGUGACAUCACCGGACCGGGUGGAGCCAGCCAGAAGACAGCCUCGUAGGCAGUGUAGUGUUCCUAAUGCAGACAUCCCAGCCGACCCCCAAACCUCGGAGGGAGAAAAGGACCAGAGCGGGGACCCUGUACAGCCCAGCCCCCCAGCCCGGAAGACCCUGUCUGAAGCAGGGGGAACCCAGGAGUCCCCUGCCCCGGUACGGGCCUGGAAGACAGCCGCUGCCAGGAAGCUGCUGCCUCUCUCCAUCACCAUGAAGAAACUGAAUGUAAAGAUCACCAAAUGUGACCAAAUGUGCCCUCUGCUGCAGAGGAAGGCCCUGCCCUCACCACAGAGAGAGAGAGAGGUGGAGAGAGAGGUGGAGGUGGAGAGGGAGGAGGGAGAGGGCCGGCAGGCCGACCUGGGAUAUUUUUCACCUGAGCAGGGCUGUGGAGUUAAACCAGAACCCAGUCCAGAGGAAGAGGGUGAUGGGGGAGAGGAGAGAAAGGAGAAGGAGGAGAGGGGAAGUGACCAGGAAGCAGCACAGCACACCUCCUCUCCUGGGUCUCAGCACACCACCCCACCAGGUUCUCAGGAGCGUAAGCAGCAGCGCAGGUCAGUGAGGAGUAGAUCAGAGUCAGAGAAAGGCUGUGAGGCCAUUCCCAAGAAGAAAACCAAAAAGGAACAGGCUGAGAUGGCUCCUGAGACCACUCUGAGAACAGGCUCACAGAAAGGAGCCAGUGAGAUCUCAGAUGCCUGUAAGCCUCUGAAGAAACGCAGCAGAGCCUCCACAGACGUAGAGAUGGCCUCCUCUCAAUACAGAGACACAUCCGACUCUGACUCUAGAGGCUUCAACGACCCCCAGAGUCUGUUUGGGAAGAGUUUGGACAGCCCAGCAGCAGUAGAUGCCGACGCGUCAGACAGCCAGUCAGUGGACUCUAGUCUGUCCAGACUAGGAAGCAGCACAGCCAAGAGAGACACUGUCUGCCAGAUCUGUGAGGUGUAUGGAGAGGGUCUGGUGUCGUGUGAGGGGGACUGCUGUCGGCUGUUCCAUCUGGAGUGCCUGGGCCUCACCUCCCUACCUGAAGGCAAAUUUACCUGUCUGGAAUGUAGAAACGGCUCUCACUCGUGUUUCAGCUGUAAGGCGGGGGGAGGGGAGGUGUUACGCUGCUCGGUGGUUGGAUGCGGGCAGUAUUACCAUGACGACUGCGUGCACAAACUCCCUGGCACUGUGGGGGGUGGUACGGGCGGGGGGUUCCGCUGCCCCCAGCAUACCUGCUCUACCUGCUGCCUGGAGAGAGACCUUCACCAAGCUGCCAAAGGACGUAUGAUGCGUUGUCUGCGCUGCCCGGUGGCGUACCACACAGGGGACAGCUGCGUGGCAGCGGGCAGUGUGGUCCUCACCCACCACAUCAUGAUCUGCAGCAGCCAUGGCAUCACCAAGAGGAAUGGCCUCCUCUCCUCACCCGUCAACGUGACCUGGUGCUUCCUCUGUGCCCGAGGACUGUUAGUGCAGGACCUUACUGACAUCAUAUUAAGUUCAUAUGCCUAUAAGUCCCACUACCUUCUGACUGAGUCAAAUCGUGCUGAGUUGAAAUUACCUAUGAUUCCCUCUUCUUGGACAGCUACCAAAAAGAAUAUUGGGAAAGGAGAGAAGCUGCUGUGCUGUGCGUUGUGCCCGGCAUCAUUCCACCCAGAGUGUUUGGAGAUGGAGAUGCCAGAGGGGGCGUGGUCCUGCAGGGAGUGUAGGACAGGAAAGAAACCCCACUACAAACAGAUCGUCUGGGUCAAACUGGGAAACUACAGGUGGUGGCCAGCGGAGAUCUGUAACCCUCGCCUGGUGCCCCCCAACAUCCAGACGCUCCGUCACGACAUCGGAGAAUUUCCCGUCUUCUUCUUUGGUUCCCAUGACUACUACUGGAUCAACCAGGGCCGUGUGUUCCCCUACGUGGAGAACGAUAAGACCCCUGUCACGGGCCAAAUCAACAUCAACAAGACCUUCAAGAAAGCUCUGGAGGAGGCUGCUCGCAGGUUCCAGGAGCUCAAGGCUCAGAGGGAGAGCAGGGAGGCCCUGGAGCAGGAACGCAACUCACGCAAACCCCCACCAUACAAGUUCAUGAAGUCCAACAAGCCGGUGGGGAAGGUGCAGGUGCACAUAGCCGACCUGUCGGAAAUCCUACGAUGCAACUGUAAGCCCACAGACCGACACCCCUGCAGCCUGGACUCCCAAUGUCUCAACCGCAUGCUGCAGUACGAGUGUCACCCACAGGUGUGUCCGGCAGGUGAUAGCUGUGAGAACCAAUGCUUCUCGAAGCGUCUGUACUCUGAGACAGAGGUCAUCAAGACAGAGGGUUGCGGCUGGGGCCUCAAGACCAACCAGGCCCUCAGGAAGGGAGAUUUUGUGACAGAGUAUGUGGGAGAGGUGAUAGAUUCAGAGGAGUGCCAGCAGCGAAUCAAACGCGCUCAUGAGAACCAUGUGACCGACUUCUACAUGCUCACCCUCACCAAGGACCGGGUGAUAGACGCAGGGCCCAAAGGGAACUCCUCUCGCUUCAUUAACCACAGCUGCAGCCCCAACUGUGAGACACAGAAAUGGACCGUCAACGGAGACAUACGCAUAGGCCUCUUCACCCUGUGUGACAUAGAGGCUGGCACUGAGCUGACGUUUAACUAUAACCUGGACCUUGUUGGGAACAGAAGGUCGUCGUGUCACUGUGGAGCUGAGAACUGCUCUGGCUUCCUGGGGGUGCGGCCUAUGAGUGCAGUGGUGAUGGAGAAGGAGGAGAAGGCGAGGAACGCUAAACUGAAGCCCAAGAAGCGUAAGCUGCGACCGGAGGGGAAGCACACACAUGAGUACAUCUGCUUCUGCUGUGGAGAGGGAGGGGAGCUGGUCAUGUGUGACAAGAAGGACUGCCCUAAAGCUUACCACCUGCUGUGUCUCAACCUCACCAAACCUCCAUACGGCCGUUGGGAGUGCCCGUGGCAUGAUUGCAGUGUGUGUGGUGUCCUAGCCUCGUCCCUCUGUGACUUCUGCCCUCGCUCCUUCUGCCGGGAACAUGAGGGAGGGACUCUCACCCCCUCUACCCUGGAGGGCCGCCCCUGCUGCUCCAACCACGACCCCCACAGCCCCCUGAGCUCCAACACCAACCCUGCACACACUCACACACACCCCCCUGGCACGGUCAGUGUCAAAGAGGAGCCAGAGGAUCCUGAGGAGGAGCCCAGCCAGCAGGACUGAGAGUGAAGCUGUCUCAAAUAGCACCCUAUUCCCUAUAUAGUGCACUAGAAAUUGAGCACUAUACCUUUACGGAAUAGGGUGUGAUUAGAGUGCCCUCAGGUGAGAGAGACCAGAACUGCAGCCACCAGUUACACCUGAGAAUCCCAUGGGCUGGACAGACUGACAGACACACAGACAGACAGUAUUGGUGUGAGCGGUGAGAGUUGUCCUAUAUCAGAGAGCGGAACAGAGCUCCUCUGUGUCUAAGGGCAGGGGGAGUGGAGGAGAGGUCAAGUGGAGAUGGAGAGGUGUGCCCCAAGCCCUGCCUUUCUCUCUGACAUCAUCCCAAACACCCAGUGUUUCUGUUUCAAAACUUCAUGAUUCUGUCAUUUCUACAGGCGUGGAAACUCAGUUAGUGUUCUUAUGUUCUUGGUUAAUCAGCACUUUGAAGAACUCAGUGAGGGGGAAGGAGAGGGGGUGUAAACCUCUCUCCACCAUGCUGCUUUUCUCUUUGUUUACUUCCUGUGAGCUGGGGUUGCUAGGGGCCUGUUGCCAGGGUCCAGGUGCCGCUUCACUCCCCUAGAAAGCUUUGCUGUGUUGAUGAGCCAGCAGAGCCAGGCCCAACACUCCUCUGCCACCCUCAUCACUCCAAACAUGAUCUAUUAUCCCUAUCUAGCUCUCCUUUCACAAUGAGAAGAAAAACAGAUUUGUGCAAUUUUCAGGACUACACACUACAUUCCGACAUUCCUUAUACCUGUUUUUUUAUAUACUUAUGAGUAUAGAUGAAUAUAAAUAUAUAUAUAUAUAUAUAUAUAUAUGUAUAUGUUUGUUAAUGUUUACAGACAGAUUCUCUCACUUAAUCUCGGUGAGUGGUGUAUUAUUGUUUGUUUGUUUAGGUGUUUAGCAAUGCGCAGAUCUCCUUGUGAAUAUAGUCCUUCUAAUAAGGUGAAUUAUAAUGGCAUAUAGUGUAAUGGUAUGACAUCACAUCAUCAUUACAUGUAAGUUCCGUUCCCCAGUCUCACUCUCCAUUGUGUACAUAAUUGGCUCCUAUUGUAAACCACCGAAGAAGAGGGGAGGCAUCAGUGUUAUCCACAGCCCCCUUCACUGUAUAUCCAUGGAAACAGACAUAGAAAGGCAGUUUUGGAGAGGAGGUUGCAUUUCAUUAAAAUUGAGAGGUUGAGCAGAAUACGUUUGGUGAUUAUUUCCUCUUAGGAGUUAUUGCUACACUUCACUAGAUGAGUAUUAUACAGAUAUGGUCCCAGUCUGUUUGUACACAGUACUGCAGCCAGCCGAGAGGGACUCUCAUUUCCAAUACAUUGACCUGACAGAUAGGUGGCUGUUCAUUGGUCCUGUGUGCAGUAAUGUAAGUGAUGGUGUGUGUGUACUGUACUGUGCGCUCAAAUGUUUUGUUUUAAAUUGUUCUGCUAAACCUUUUUAAAGCACUUUCACCAUUUAUUGCUACAUACCUUAGGUAGGUCAUAACAUACAUGUAUAUAGUAGAACAUAUGACAUUGUACAUGCUUGAAAUGGAUACCUCUUUUCUGUAGUAAUGUUGGAAUUUUAAACUGUAUUGUAACUUCUGCUAUAGGUCCAACGACAUGAUCCAAAUAUCUUUGUGAGAUUGAAAACGUUCUCUGACACAAGUUACUGCCGACCAAACUUUCUGUUCUUUGCGAUAGUAGGAAGACUAACGCCCUCAUCUUAAUUCAAGGUAUUAAGUACAUACGAGUGUUUUACCUUGGGAGGUAUUUAUUUUCACUUUUUGUAUAACUGUGUGCAUCUCCACAAAUUGAUUUUAUAUCAACAUUAAGUUAACUUCAGUACAAUGCAAAGAUCAUUUUCUACAAACAUACAUGUAUUAUGUACAGUGUUUUGAAUCUCUCAUCCUCGUAUGACAGAUUUUUACAAUUAUAUCACACCCUUUUUAUACUAGUUGAUUUAUGUAUCAAAAAAACCUAUUGGAAAAUCGCUCCCUCCCAAAGUUUUAAGUAACAUAUACUAUAAAUGAAUAGGGAGCUUUACAAUUGAUGAUUCUGUAUGUAGUUGUCUUACACAUUUAAUAUGUUUUCUAUUAGUGUAAUGAUUCCACUAUGUUUGAUAACAGCUGCUCAUAUGCCAGGCUGGCUGUGUUGUGACUCACUUUACUGAUGUUGAAGCAGUUAAAAGCAAGUGAAAAUUGUGAUGUGAAGUAACCGAGCACUUCAUUCAGCCUAAACUGGCAUUAUCAUGAUGAAACUACAAGAUUAGUCUGCUAAUCUUGUCUGAGCCUGUGCUUUCUCUUCUCUGGUACGUUACCGACUGAAUAUAAUUAUGCCCGUAAAAUGAUAGCUCACCCAAAAAGUUUGUCAAACGUUUCUAUACCUCUGUUGUUUAGUGUCAAGUUGUCCACAUUCAGCAUCUGUCUUAACAAAAUAUAAUUAGAUUGUGCCAAUAUCUUCUAUUCAUUUUGGAUUGAAGCCUGCUGAUUUCUCCUAAUGCAUAAACCAGGGUAAACUCUACGGAAUGGAAUAUGGACUCAGUAUGAAAAUGUCUAUCAAAUUAGAUUUUAGAGUAAACUAACACUUUGAUAGACACUGCUCCCAAACCUGCCAAAUUAUAGUUUUUUUCAGAUAGGUGUUAGAUUUAGAUCAUUUCAGUACUGGUCCACACAGCGCAGUAUGGGGUGCAUCAAUGCACUUUUUCAUAUUUUUAACACAUUUUAAAAACUUGAAAUAUAUUUAUUUCUUUACAUUCUUUCUUUUUUUAUUUGUUCAUGUUUUGUACUACAGAGCAAUGUGUUCACGAACUUCAUGAGUAUGUUGCUGAUAACUGAUUUGACAAGGUAGAUAAUAGAUAUUAGGCCUAUUCAUUCUGAGCCAAAUCUCAGAUCCUGUACAGGAGUCACUAGUCUCUAACCAUCACUAAGUAAACAUGUAAACCAGACCAUUGUACGCUCACCCCAACACACACGAGCAAUUUGUGUAGAACUGUAUAAUUUUCACCUAAGACUAUUGAAGCACCCUUCCAUUCUGAAAGAAGCGCAAAUCUGUUCUGAAUCUGUUCUUUUAUCUGUUGGGGAUAUAUUUUGUAUGUAUUUUUGAAGCUACUUUAUUAUGUUAAAAACAACCACAUGUUAAUUCUCUUUUAUGUCAUUGUAUUAUCUUUUUAUCCAUUUGGUAUCACACAGAGAUUAUCAAGGCCAAACCAAAUAGCCUUUAUUUUUUGCACCUCCUUUUGAACUUACUCACUUUAUGCCAGUUGAACUUGAACACAACCUUCAGCCUGUACAAUGCAGCAUAGUCUGAGUGUGUGUUGCAGGUUGUCAUUCUGUUUGCCAACGACAUUAUAGAUUUGACCCAUGUUUAUACAUUAUCAUAUAGUGGCCAUACUUUAGGAAAGACAGUUGGUUCUCACUGAAAGGGAUGUGAAACAGUAGGGUUACGAAGACUAAGUUAUAAUAAUAAUAAUAUGCCAUUUAGCAUCAAAUAUUAUCUUCCAACACACUUUGAAAGUGGCCCUCUCUGAGUCAUAUGUUUCUGUUCUACACCUUUCAGUUAUUGUUUAUUUUGUGCAAUACUAGUUGUUAUUUCUGUCAUUACAUGUGAUUGACAUGCUCUCCCAGACAUUAGGAGGAACAAUGAUUUCAGAGGAACUCAUUUCACCACAGUCAUGUAGUGAAACUGCUCUGGUGAUUCUGCUGUGGUCCUACCCAGAGCCAUAUAUUUUAGAGAGUUCAGCCAACUUUUAAAAUGUUUAAUAUUGUUCUAAUUCGAGACAUUCAGUUACAUAGCAUUGUUUAUGGCUGCCAUAGAAUGUUGUUGUGUCAUGUAAAAUGCAUCAUAAUGCAGAAACCUCAGUGUCCCAUCUCCUAAAUAUAUGGCUCUGGUCGUACCUAUCUCUGAAUGUUGCUUCAAUGAAAAAUUGGAUGAACAAAAAGUUACCAUAUUAUUUUUGCUGUUCAGCAGCCGGUGUUAUAUUGCAUAAUGUUUAGACUUGUACAUAGAUUGCAUUGAACUUGCAUAGGAUCAUGUUACUGUGGCGUGCUAUUGCCUGUAAAAUGUUGCUUCUAAAUGUGUGUGACUGUGAGGAUGACACUCUUUUUGUACAUGACUGUCUUUUUAUUUCAAACGAUUGAUUCUGUCUUUUCAUUCUAAAGGAGGUUGAGAGGUUGAGUUGGAGCCGAGGAGUUCAGACAUGCCUGAAGUUUGACUUAAAUAAAGCUGUACUGUGUCUCAGUGGAA